UCUUUGCCAUAUAAUACCAGGUUCAUGACUGAAGAAGGAGUGCAGUACUACAGAGUGAUUCAUGACAACCAAUUGAAGACAUGCAGGAUCUGUGUAAGUGUGGAACAUGAGAAAAAGGACUGUCCGCAAUUCAAAUGUCGAGACUGUUUUGAGCAGGGGCAUUAUGCGCGGGACUGCAAAGUCCCACGGUGCCAAGGCUGCGACAAAGCAAUCAUGAGAUGCAGAUGUGAGAUGGAACAUGAGGUAAAUGAGGACACAAAUAUGGACGUACAGGAGGUGAUGGGAGAUACUGCAACUGAUCAUUUAAAUGAUUCACUGCGGCAGACUCAAGGAGAGGAAGAUGAACAGGACAAUGAGGAAGAGGAGGAAACCAACAAAGAUGAGAAUGAAGAAAAGAGCAAAGAUGGAGAACAAGGAAUGGAGAAGGGAGAAAGAGUAGACAAAGAGGAAAGAAUUUUGAUUAACAAAGACUUUUCUAAGGAAAAGGAAGAAGUGGACACGACUGGGAUGGACUAUGAAAAAGGUCAAGAAAAGGAUGAGGAUAAGGGAAUGAAGAUACUGCCGGAGGUAAGAGAAGUGGAAAAUGGGGGGAGGAUUUUUGGUUUGGAAAAUAAAGGAAUAGAAAGACUGAAUAGAGGUGUAAAAGCAAGAACAAAAGGUGGAGUUGACAUUCAAAAGGUUCUUAAAAAGCAGAAAAUAAGAAGAGAUGCGCUAAAGGAAAGGAGGAAAAGUGGAAAUGGGGGAAGCAAGACAUGUUUUCUUUAAAGACAAUGAAACUAAUUGAGUGGUGGUUUUUGGUUUAUCCUGUGUUUUCCUUAAUGAGUUUUCUAAGUAUUGUUUCAUUGAAUGCUAGAGACUUAUCCCAAAGUCAAAGGUUUGAAAGAUUGAUGUGUCUGACUAAAAAUAGGGAUAUGUUAUGUCUACAAGGAAUGAGGUGGGAAGAUAAAAUAAGUGAUGAAAUCAGAAAAUUGUGGAAUGGAGAAAUGUAUAGUAAUUGUGAUAUAGGAAGGAAAAGAGGGGUCGCUAUUUUAAUAAAUGUCAAUAAUGAGUGUUUUUUAAAUUGCAUCUUAAACAUUGCAAGGUUUGUUAAAUGGAGCAGAAGAAACAUGGUCAAACAAAAGAAGACAAAAAUACAUGUGUGCAAU